CGUGAUUCAUAAAGCCACGUAUAUAACGUAAACCUCGUGUAGCGUUCAAGAGUAAACCGUGCGAGAUACGGUUUAACGUGUUUAAUCUUAACAACAUAACAUUAAUAGUUUCAAAAUUUCUGUUCAAAUCGCGACACGUUAAUGAAAAUUUCUAAUCAUGUCGGUACGUGUACAGUUCGAGAAUAACAACGAAGUAGGUGUAUUCUCGAAAUUAACAAAUUCCUAUUGCUUGGUAGCGAUCGGUGGUUCCGAGAAUUUUUACAGUGUAUUUGAGGCGGAAUUAGCUGAAACUAUACCUGUAAUUCACGCGUCCGUUGGAGGAUGUCGUAUAAUUGGCCGAUUAUGCGUUGGUAACAAAAACGGACUGUUAGUCCCGCACACGACAACAGACACAGAACUGCAGCACAUACGAAAUUCUCUGCCAGAUAAGGUUAAAGUACAAAGAAUCGAGGAAAGGCUAUCUGCUCUGGGUAACGUUAUUUCCUGUAACGAUCAUGUUGCAUUAGUACAUCCAGAUCUUGAUAGAGAAACGGAAGAAAUUUUAGCUGAUACACUGAAUGUAGAAGUAUUUAGGCAAACUGUGGCUGGUAACGUUUUGGUAGGCUCUUAUUCUGUAUUGUCAAAUCAAGGUGGUUUGGUACAUCCAAAAACAUCCAUACAGGAUCAAGAUGAAUUGUCAUCUCUGUUACAAGUGCCACUUGCUGCAGGUACAGUAAAUAGAGGCAGUGAAGUUAUAGCUGCAGGGAUGGUUGUAAACGAUUGGGUUGCUUUUUGUGGUAUGGAUACAACUUCGACAGAACUUUCAGUUAUUGAAAGUGUUUUUAAACUUAAUGACGCUUCUCCAGCUGCUAUCGCAUCAACUAUGCGUGCAUCACUUAUAGAAAGUAUGUCUUAAAGCAAAAGUGUCUGGAAAAGUAUAAAAAUAAUGUUUAACAGUAGACUAUAUAUGUGUACAUAAAUUUGAUAUUUAUGUCAGUACUGCACAAAAUAAUACUGUUUUCAACGUUACUGCUACAGUCAAAUUAAAACAUUAAAUACAUAUUCUGUACAAUUCCGACACAAAGUAAUUUAGAAUUAUAAGAAAAUGUAUCCGAAAUCUAUUAUUAAGUUCUAUCAUGGACCAUUCUUUUAUUGAAUAAUAAUGUAAUU